GAUCCGCCGUUGAAAUUGGGUCACCACCUCCACUUAAAACCCUAGCGCGUCGCCCGCAAUCGCAUCCCCCCAAAGCCCCAUAUCCCGCCCCUCUCUUCUCUUCACGGUUUCUCCGAGGUUAUUUUGGUCGUCUCCUCGUGCUGCAGCGGCUGUUCGGGAUCCAGCCAUGUCGACCAACAAGGGCGGAGGCGGUGCCGGAGGCGGAGGGAAGAAGAAGAAGGAGGUGAAGAAGGAGACGAAGCUGGGGAUGGCGUACAAGAAGGACGAUAACUUCGGGGAGUGGUACUCCGAGGUUGUUGUUAACAGCGAAAUGAUUGAGUACUAUGACAUCUCUGGUUGUUAUAUCUUGAGGCCUUGGGCGAUGGAAAUAUGGGAAUUGCUGAAAGAAUUCUUCGAUGCAGAAAUAAAAAAGUUGAAGCUGAAACCAUAUUAUUUCCCUUUGUUUGUUACUGAAAAUGUUCUGCAGAAGGAGAAAGAUCAUAUUGAGGGCUUUGCACCUGAGGUUGCAUGGGUUACUAAAUCAGGAAAAUCUGACUUGGAAGCUCCUAUUGCUAUCAGACCAACAAGCGAGACUGUCAUGUAUCCAUACUUCUCUAAAUGGAUAAGAAGCCAUCGGGACUUACCUUUGAAGUGUAACCAGUGGUGCAAUGUUGUUAGAUGGGAGUUUAGCAAUCCAACUCCUUUCAUAAGGAGCCGUGAAUUUCUCUGGCAAGAAGGGCAUACAGUUUUUGCAACUAAAGAGGAAGCAGAUGAAGAGGUCCUCCAAAUAUUGGAACUCUACCGGAGAAUAUAUGAAGAAUUUUUAGCUGUUCCAGUGUCCAAAGGGAGGAAAAGUGAGAUGGAAAAGUUUGCUGGUGGACUUUAUACAACCAGCGUUGAGGCCUUCAUCCCAAACACUGGCCGUGGCAUACAGGGUGCAACUUCACAUUGCCUUGGUCAAAACUUUGCAAAGAUGUUUGAUAUCACUUUCGAGAAUGAAAAGGGUGAAAGGUCAAUGGUGUGGCAGAACUCUUGGGCGUACACGACUCGCUCGAUUGGGGUCAUGAUAAUGACUCAUGGUGAUGACAAGGGCUUAGUGCUGCCACCCAAGGUGGCACCUAUCCAGGUCAUUGUAAUUCCUGUGCCAUUUAAAGAUGCUGACACAACAGCUAUUAAAGGGGCAUGUGAGUCGGCCGUUUACAGCUUGAACCAAGCAGGGAUUCGAGCAGACUUGGAUGCUCGUGAAAACUAUUCUCCAGGCUGGAAAUAUUCUCAAUGGGAAAUGAAAGGUGUCCCUUUGAGAAUUGAGAUAGGUCCAAAAGAUCUGGCAAACAAGCAGGUGCGCAUUGUCCGGCGAGACAAUGGUACAAAGGUCGAUAUUCCUUCGGCCGACUUGGUAGAGCAGGUUAGAAUGUUGCUGGAUGGGAUUCAAGUAAACUUGUUUGAAACAGCGAAACAAAAGAGGGAUGCUUGCAUUGCACCCAUCAACACUUGGGAUGAAUUCACAGCAGCUCUCAAUGAAAAAAAGUUAAUAUUGGCUCCAUGGUGUGAUGAAGAGGAAGUCGAGAAGGACGUGAAAGCUCGUACAAAAGGCGAUCUCGGAGCUGCAAAAACAUUGUGCACUCCAUUUGAUCAGCCAGAUCUUCCUUCCGGAACCGUGUGCUUUGCUUCCGGAAAGCCUGCUACAAAGUGGUCGUUCUGGGGUCGCAGCUAUUGAUCUCCGUGACCUGGCAUAUUACUGUUUUCUUCAUCCAUUUGUCCUGGCACCGCCGUUUGUCGUAUACAUGAUCUUCCAUGGUUUUGUACUUUUGUAGUACUGCUUUCGCAGGUUGCAUCAUCCAUUUUUUCGUAUACCUGUAUUGCAAUAUGAAUCUAACUGUUUUUCAAAAUCUUGCUGUUGUGACAAUGCAAUGUAUUGAUCGAAGUAACUUUUAUCUGAU